GCACAGAGACGCAGCGCCACGACCACUCCGCUGUGUCUGUUUGGUACGGACUGCUGAAACUUCUGCGAGAGAGACAGAGAGGCGGAUAGAUCCACCAGGCUCGUCCCAGAUAGCGGAUUAAAUUUACGCUCUUUUCUUUCCUUUUUUCUCCUUUUUCUCCUCCUCCUCCCCUGGUUUCGUGUUACAAAGCCCUGGGAGGGAGUUGCGCGGAGAGUCAGUUCCUCUGUGUAGAAACUGAAUGACAGAAUCAUAUGGCUUGAUUUGCCUUAUAGUCUAAACAUUUAAAAUAUAUAGGAAAUAAGAGAAGAGAAGAGAGAAACCGCGGGCGAAUUCAUCUGGCACUGAUGAGGAUGUGGAAUAAUUUAUAACUCCAAUUCAAAAACAAAUCCGAGAUAACGGAGAAAGAAGAGAGCCAGUGAAAAGGAUACUGGAUCUGUCGUCAGAGGAAAGACGGAGAGGAAGGCGCAGGACGCGUUGCCUGUAAUCAUCACCACCAUCACCGUAAUAAUAAGGCACUGCUAUCUUGCACCGGUGAUGCCAUGCGGAGCCAGAGUCUGUGCAGGAGUGAUCGAGGUUGAAGCCGCGGUAUACACCUGGCAGCCCAAUGUGACCUUCAUCUGAGUCGAGUGUCUCUACUCAACAUUCGGCAAGAAGACAGAGGCAAAGAACCCUGAAAGGGAGAUUAAGAAGAAAGCACACAGACGUGCGAGGGAGGAGAAGAAAAACAAACAAGAGCCGGGCUGCUCUCCAGUCCAUCUGAUUAACUGAUUGAUCCAUCGAUCCAUCACUCAACGCCAGUUCCAACGAAUGGGAGCUGACAUGGGAGCCGUGGGAGGGACGAAGGUCUUGCUCCUGGUGUUUCUGGUUGGAUGGGAGAAGUCGCUGGGUCUCAACUGGAAUCCAAUCCCACGCAAGACUGUUCGAUACCAGGAUGUGUUGGACAGCAUGGCGAGGUUCAGCGUCCAGGGAGUGUGCAACUACAGCAUGCUGACUCUGUCCGACCACGAGAGGGUUUUGUACGUCGGCGCACGGGAGGCGUUGUUCGCCCUGGACCCCAACAACAUCAGCCAGCAGCUACGGCCACAGAUCGACUGGCCCGCUCCGCAGGAUAAGAAGAGAGAGUGUUUCGCCAAGGGGAAGAACAACCAGACCGAGUGCUUCAACUACAUCCGUUUCCUGCAGAGCUACAACCACACGCACCUCUACACCUGCGGCACCUACGCCUUCCAGCCCAAAUGCACCUACGUGAACGCGGAUUAUUUUACCCUCGACGCUGCAGCUAUGGAAGAUGGGAAGGGAAAAUGCCCAUAUGACCCUGCAAAGGGGCAUACAGGCCUAAUAGUGGAUAAGGAGCUAUACUCAGCAACGCUCAACAACUUCCUGGGUACAGAGCCAGUGAUUCUGAGGAACCUGGGCCAACAGCACUACAGCAUGAAGAGCGAAUACUUGCCUGCCUGGCUCAAUGAGCCGGACUUUGUGGGUUCAGCCCUGGUGAGGGAGAGCAGCGGCAGUAAAGAGGGGGACGACGACAAGAUCUACUUCUUCUUCAGUGAGCGAGCUCUGGAGCUGGACUGUGACACUGAGCUCACUGUGGCCAGAGUGGCCCGAGUCUGCAAGGGUGAUCUGGGUGGUACCAGGACCCUGCAGAAGAAGUGGACCACCUUCCAGAAAGCCCGGCUGGAGUGCUCCAUCCCCGAGCGCCACGUCUCCUUCAACAACCUGAGGGCCGUCUUCACGCUGCCGGGUCAGGACUGGCGGGGAACCACCUUCUACGGUAUCUUCCACGCCCAGUGGGGUGACGUGGACGUGUCGGCAGUGUGCCAGUACCAGAUCGGUGAUGUGAAGAAUGUGUUUGAAGGAGCCUACAAAGAGUACAGGGAGGCAUCCCAAAGGUGGGGACGCUACACCGGUGCUGUCCCUGCUCCACGGCCUGGAUCGUGUAUAACUAACUCAGACAGGGCGAACGGCUACAACACCUCCCUGCAGCUGCCUGACGGCACGCUCAACUUUGCCAAGAAGCACCCGCUGAUGGAGGACAAAGCUCUGGCUCGCCCCCUGCUGCUAACCAAGGGCGUCAACUUCACGAGGCUGGCGGUGGACCGGGUUAGCGCCCUGGACCAGCGGGCUUACAACAUGCUCUUCAUCGGCACAGCGGAGGGCUGGCUGCGGAGGGUGGUGAUCCUGGGCACCGAGACCCACGUGAUAGAGGAGAUCCAGCUGUUUGAGGCAGCCCAGCCUGUGGACAGCCUGACCAUCUCCCACUCCAAGAAGUACUUGUACAUCGGCUCUCGUUCGGAGGUUCUCCAGCUGCCCUUGGCCAACUGCAGCCGCUAUCAUUCUCAGCCAGACUGUCUGCUCGCCCGGGACCCCUACUGCGCUUGGGACAGCGAGGGUCGGGCCUGUGUCCGCAUCGACCUCCACCGCGGGUCCACCUCCUCUCUGUCACAGGACCUCAUGCUGGAAAGGUUCAGCUGGGGAAAACCCAAGAUCGAUAAGCCCUUCCAAAGCCCUGAGCACUCCCGUCUGAGGAACGUGACAGUGGUGGUGGGGUCUGACAUGGUGCUGCCUUGCCAUCUGGUCUCCAACCUGGCUCAACCCUACUGGAUUCUUAAUGACCGUGAGCUCCCGCUGGGUGACCCCGAGGCGGGAGGGCCACGCUUCGACCGUACCCUCAAGGCUCUCGUUGUCCCCAAUGCGGGCCAGAUGCAAGCAGGCCGCUAUAUCUGCUACUCUGAGGAGCAGGGGGUCAAGUUCCAGACCGAGCGCUACCAGGUGGCCGUAGUUGCCAGUGCUCCGGUCUUCAUGGAGGCCCGGGCUCCAGACAGCAGCAUGGGGCUGUUCUGGGUGCUGGUCAUCACCCUUGGAGCGGCGUGCCUGCUGCUCCUUGUGGCAGCUCUUUACCUGCGCAGGAGGCUGAAGCUGGCGCUGGGAAAGGGAGCCGACAUGAAGCCUCUUGAGAGCACCUUGGUCUACCCGAUCACUCUGCCCAAGGAGCCCCCCACCUUUGUGCCCAGCAAGAUGCCCAGCGAUGAGGACCGCUUCUGGGAGACAGGCGCUAACUACUACUACUCAGACGGCUCGCUGAAAAUCGUUCCCGGUCACGCCCUGGGGCCCAGCAGCGUCAGCAGCACGGCGUCACCCAGCGCCAUUCCGGGCCAGCCCAUCCAUUCCCCCAGCCGUCUCAGCCUCACCAAUAUCCGAGGCUCCGGUAGCAAUGGCUACAUCCGCCUCAACCUGAGCACAGCGGGGGAGGAGAGGGCUAGCGCGGCUGGCGCUGGGGGCGGCGGGCUGGGAGGCCUGGGCAUGGGCGGGAACGACUACUCCAGCCCCUUCAAGGAAGAGCUGAGACGCACUCUGCAGCAGAGAAGCGUGCUGCCCGACGCCAACCCCGAGGAGUCGUCCGUCUAGGCCUGUCCUCCUCCGUCUGCAUUCCCUGAGUUGGAAAAACAAAACAACCAACCUACCUCCCUCCUUUUGAGGAUGCCUGCUCUCUCUCUCUCUCUUUCAGUGACACGCUGUCAAUUCCCCAUGCUCCCUGUCUCUCGCUCUGCCAAUGCCUGUUUGGCUCACUGUAGACAUUUAUAGCACACAGCAUGUUGAAUAUACACACUCGUACACCGUGUUCACCACCAUCCUGUUAUUAUUGUGUUCUGGGCAACAUGCAGUCAUGAUUGUGGCUUUUUCUUCUUCCACUGUGCAAUCGCCACUUGUGUAAAUUGUGUAUUUAAAAAGGCUGAACGCAGAGGAGAAGACCUCGAGCAAUCAAACAAAUGGUGUUAGAUUUUCUCGGAAGGGCACAUUUCUUUUACGUUGAGUGGACCAAGCGAGGCUUUUAGACCCUGUGCUGAAACCAGCUGAUGAACGGCAAGUGCAACUGACUGGAAAUACUGAACUGAUUCUCUGUCCUCCUGUUCCUUUGAGACUUCUUCAGCCUACUGCACUUAAAAACUGGAAGCACGUCUUCCCUUUUUGUAUUUGUGAGCCAAGAGUGUGAGAGUGGUAUAAAAAGACUAAUUAAUCUCGAAGCAAGGCGACAAUCAUGUCCCCGUAGCAGGAGCUCUGCGUGGGACCGGGAGGAGAGGAGGGAGAGAGCGAGAGACAAAAAGAGAGGAAAUUAAAUGAAAAAUGAAGUGAAUUGGAGUGAAAGACACAAGGGGGUUUUAAAUGAAGGACAAUCUCUCAAGACUUUCUCUUCUAAAUUUGUAUUUUUUCCCCCCCUCCACGUUGUAUUUACCCCUGGAGAAACCCCUCGAUCCCUUCCACUAUAAUUUGUUGUGCUGGUUGGUUUGAAUUAAGACAUUUCUUGUUGUUCUUUUCCUACUUCUACAGUGUUCAAACGGUCAUCAAGUGACAAAUGGCUCCCGUCUGUGAAUGACAAUGUCAGGGCAAGUGCAUCCGUUCCUCGCUCAGCCCUGCACGGUGACCUUCAAACGCACCUUCAAGUCCAAUAUACUCCAAGUGCACUCCAAAUGACAUUUACUAGAGUCACAGCGUGUGUAGAUACGUGUUUUGGUAGAGCCUUUUUCUCUUUUUUGUGAGACGUUUGUUCAUCUCUUUGGAAAGAAGAGGCGAUUUGCAUUCAGCUCUUAGCAGCGGAACAAUAACUGCACACUUAAUUCCAAAUUGAAGCUGACGUGAAGACAUUAGGCAUGGAGAAUGUAGUUGAACCCUCACUGUUGCGACCGCUGUGGAUGUCUCAAUAAGUGCUUUAUAUCUUAUGUGUUUGGUGAGGGUGGUAAGUUGUACUGCCAAGAAGGAAACUACCCCUCCCACACACACACACACACACACACACACACAAACGCUCUGAAUGCCAACCAUCCUGGAAUACAGCGUGUUUGUGACGCACCCUUAAACCCCAUGACACCCCUCCCUCUUACCGAUGCCCAGAGACUGACCCGGGGCUACUGUGGACUCAUACAGAGGAAGAGCACUGUUCAACACUCCUACACAAAAAGAACACACACAGUGUUGAUGGAAUAAUGGACAGACAGACUGAUUGCUGCUGUGCUGACAAACUGCUGGCUGCAGGCGGGAAGCAGUCAUGAACCAGUGAAAGGGGCGGCUUUUGUUUUUGGGACGUGUCUGUCGGGACCAGAGGAGCACAGCGAGAAGGAAGGGGAGGACAAAAAUACCUUGUUUUGCCCCACUGUGUACAGAGUGCUGGGACAGAUGUAGAAUAUCGAAGUGAUCCCAAGGUUGAAGAGGUACUCGGCCAUCAGCACUCCAUCCUAGUGUUGCAUGAUCCUCUGCAAGUGGACUGUCCAUCUUUGAUAUGAUCAUCCUUGUACAAGUGCAUCAUUUUGAUCUGUCAUUUUUGGACUUUUACAAACACUAAUAUUGUGGAACACUAAUGCUCUCUUUAAAAAAAAAAAAAAAACAUGUCUGGUUUUAUGGUUCAAGGGUUGUACAGGAACUCAUGGCUGCGUUUCAACAUGUUUACUUUUUCUGUGCCUCUUCACCUUUUUGGAAAAGCCAAAGUAGACUGCAUUUUCUUUUUAAUUACUUAAAUUAAUUUUAUUUGAUUCCAGAUCGAUAUUUAAGUCUCAGCAGUCCGUCCACUUUGCUACUUUGAGCUGAUGUCUGCAACCUUUUGCAUAUUUUAUCUUCAAAUUGCAAAUUUUCCCUCAAGCGAAAUGCAAAAAAAAAAAAAAAAAAAUGGCUUGAGGCUGAUGGACUUCCUGUUUUCUUCCUGUUUAUAUGUCAGUAGUGAUCUGCUGGACCCAAUUCGUUAUCCUCUCACUUUAUAAAAAGGCUGAAUUAUGUACCAAAACCUUUUAUCCAUUAUUUAAUUUGUCAGCCCCUAAAAACCAAAUAAGUAUCUGUUAAUUCAAAGCAGAUCAGUGAUAGAAUGUGUCCGCUUUAUGUUAAUUCUGUGAGGCAAAUAGUUCAAACAUAUUUUUAGCUUUUUACACUGGUACUCGGUUAUGUCUUAAUAUAUUUCCCCUGCACAAUUAGGCUUUUCUUUUAUAACAUGUUGCAAAACUAAAAAGAUAAAGGAAUACAGGUCUGAAGCUUAAAAAAAAUGCAUGUGCAAUUUCUUCAGUUCUUACACAUUUGCUCAUAAUAUUUUCUCUCACACAACAAGGCUUUAAGUUCUGCUUUUUUCUCAAAUUAUUAUUCUGUUACUGCCCCGCUUUUAUUUUGCCCCGUUUUUUGCUUGUCUGUUAUUGAUCUUUUAUUUUGUUUGUUUUUAAAAUAUGUUAAGUAACUUAUUUCACUUGUAAAAACAUGUUGAUAUUUAUUAUCAUUGUACAUAUGUCCUUAUUUUUUAUAUGUGUAUAUAUACACAAAUAAAAAUAGAGAUAUACUCGA